GAUUUUAUUUUUAAUUUUUCACUUUGUAAUGGGGUCAAAAAUCCAAAAACUUUAAUACCGUACAAAAAUACACUUUCCUGAACGAAAUGCAACUAUUCAAACUUUCAUUUAAAUGUCCUAUGUCUAUGACUUCACAGUUUCACGAAUUUCACAACUUUUGCGAGAUGUUGUUUGACUAACCUAAAAAUUGUUGAACAAAAUGCCCCUUGCAAAUAGUUCUAAUUUGAACGCCUUUCUUGGUGCUGCAGUCUUGGGUGUCAUUAGUGCAGCUGGUAUGUACCUAGUGGAACACUACAGACAAGAGAAGACCAGGCAUCAGAUGGCCAAAGAUCUAGCUCGUUUGGAUCAAGAGCUAGGACAAGUACGGAGAGAGUUAGAUCAACUAUUAACUAAGAAAAGAACUAAGCCACACAAAGCUAGAGGAAGUAAGACUGUUAGUAAGGCAAAUUCAAUGAUAUCUGGCAGUGAAGACUACAUGAGUGCUAGUAAUUUAGACAGUUCUGAUCUAGAAUUCUAUGACCUUAGUGAUGAUGAACCUACUGUCACCAGCUCCACUGAUUUAGAAAAAGCUCUCAAACUCAUAGAUCAGAAAUUGAAUACAGGAUCAUUGGAACAGCUGGAAGAUGCACUAGGAAACCUAAGAGACUUAUGUAUGGAAUACCCUGAACACACUGAACUAUUGUGGAGAAUUGGCAAGGCCCAUCACAAAAUAGCUGAUUGUUGUGAUGACCAAAAUUUCAUAAGAGAGCAGAUAUCUAAAGGUAUUGAUGCUUGUGAACUGGCUCUAAAGUUGAAGACUGAUUGUCCUGAUAUCCACAAGUGGUAUGCAAUUCUGGUAGGCUCAAGAAGUGAAUAUGUGUCACUGCAAGACAAAAUAAGUGAUGGCCACUUGUUCAAAAAGCAUGUUGAUGCAGCCCUAGCUCUGAAUCCUUCAGACCCUUCCUUGCACCAUAUGCUAGGAAGAUUUGAUUAUGAAAUAGCUGGAUUGAAAUGGUAUGAGAGAAAAGUUGCAGCAGCUCUUUUUGGUGAGCCCCCUAAUGCAACCUACACAGAAGCACUAGAGCACUUUAUGGAAGCAGAGGAAUUAGCAAAUUUUGAAUGGAAAGAGAACAAGAUGAUGAUAGCCAAAUGCAAGGUUGCUAUUGGGGAGUACAAAGAAGCAGUAGAAUGGCUUGAAAGGGCCAAUGGUUGCAAACUGGGAGACAAUUCAGAUGAUAAGAUAGAUACAGAGGUGAACAUAUUAUUAGAUAAAUACAAGAGUUACAAAUAGUUAGGUACUGGAUUAUUAAUAUUUCAAAUAAUUGGUGUUUUGUUUCUGUUGUAAUUGUUCAAUUUUUGUAGAUAUUUUAGCUGACAGGUGAUGUUUUUUUUAUUCAUUCCAUUUUAAUUCUGACAAUAUAUUAUACAAGUUU